CAUUCAUUUUGAUUAUAAAACGGAUUGGAAUUGCUACAUUAUUGCUAUUGCAUGACGUAACUCUAGAGAUCAAGUCGACCAAUCAGAAUCCAGUUUUUGGGUUAAUUUAUAGAUAGGAGCGUUGGRCUUUACUAGUUAUUUUCUUUAGCCAAAAGGCACGAACUUUCAAUCGGCAAGAAAUACAGCAUUUGGUUUGAUAAUAGGGUACAUUUCAACUGUGAUGUAAACCUUUUUUCAAAGCUACUGUGUGAACUGCGAAAUGCCAUACUGAACCAUUGUACAAUUAACUUCGAGAUUUAUAAAGAAGGAAAUUAAACGGUAAAAUGAAUGAAUCAAUUGACUCAACGGAAAGAGCUAUCCAUAACAACACGGUGUCAUCACCGUCAAAGUCACUUGUUAUCAUAACAGUUGUUUUUGUAUUUAUUUCUGUUGUGGGUACCACCGGCAAUGGACUUGUAAUAAUGGUUGUUAAACGCCUACAGCAUCAUGGCAAGCGUUCCARUGUCCACACAUUUCUCCUGCAUCUGGCCUUGUCUGAUCUUCUUGUGUGUAUUGUCUGUAUUCCACUGACAAUAUUGGUCAACUUUCUUCCGGCAAAGGCCCACAGCUUAAGUAGUAACAUUACUUGUAAGACAAUGCGAUUUCUCCAGUUCUUGGCACCAACCAUUUCCAUCAUGUUGCUAACGGUCAUCAGCAUCGACAGAUAUUUUGCCGUGGUACGACCCCUUCACAACAAAAUCUUCCUACGAAAGCCAAAGGUCAUGGUUUGCAUAGCAUGGCUCAUCUCCAUUAUUCAAUUUCUACCUACAUUCCACUUUUCCAAGGUAGUAAACCUUAAAAGAAAUAACCACACUAUUGGAUACUGCACUCCAAUUCCUUACAACACGAAAUCUGGAUACGGAUUUCUACUUUUUGUCGCUAUCUUUUCUUUCGUUCUGCCAUUAAUAAUCAUUUCACUCAUGUAUGGGCUGAUUAUUCGUGUGGUAUGGUUCCGCCAUCAACAACUUAAUGAGACUUCAUCGACCAAUAGAAACAACGGAGAACAACUGUUCCGAAAAUCCAAAAAGAAAGUCCUUCAGAUGUUAAUGAUAGUGGUUGUGGCUUUUAUCUGCUGCUGGCUGCCAUUUGUGAUAUAUUGUGGAUUCAUUGAAGUUAACACGGCGACGUUUCCAAAUCCAGUUGACAUCGUCCGCAUUGCUACAUACUGUCUUGCUCUCUUCAACUCUAUUUUAAAUCCAUUUAUCUAUUUCUUUUCCAAUACCCUGUUGMGGAAUGCAUGCAUAGAUUUGGUCUUCUGCAGAAAAUUUACCAUGCCAAGCACCAGUAACUUCGGCAUUGGAAGUCCCAGCUUAACGAAGAAACUUUCUAGCACUAGGCUAUCGCUGUCCCCUAAUAUGAAUACCUAUCUUACUGAUCGACGUGGUCGUCAYAGCGUACACUCAAUGCUGCUMGCCAAAGCGGAUARCUCUAAGGAUCCAUCUCCAUUAGGAAGAACUCGGAGGCUAAACAAUGGGUUAGGUGCUAGUUUAAGGCGCCAGGGAUCGUUGCCAAUAAUAGCUAUGAGCGAUAGUCCGUGGAUGAGGAGAGCUGCCGAUAGCCGACUUUCACCUGGUGUGGACAAUGUAGGUAGAAUGCCGAAGCAAUUGCCUACAAGGACUACAAUGGAGGAUCGCGAAAUGACAACUUUCAUCUAAGUAUGCUUAUGAAUGAAAGAAAUUAUAUGACGAAGAAAUGCACUUUGACAUUUAAAAAAAAACCGAAUCGCAAUAUUAAGUUGUUUGGUAUUYAACACAGUGGCGGAUCCAGGAUUUUUCAAAGGGGGGUUCCGUUUCUUAAACUGUGUAUAAUUCUCUUUUGUUUAGUCGAUGUCUGACAAAAAAAUUGGCU